UUGCCGACACGUCCUUGUUUGUGCGUUUCAAUCAGCGAUUGGAAAAUAACAGGUAUCCUUAUUCGCCCGACCCUCGCACCCAUAUACACCCAGUAAGGACGAGGUGGGGAAAGAAAAUCCACAUUAACCCCACUUUGACGCUACGUUUGACACCUUUCCGGCGCGUUAUUUUGGGGAGGAAGAAGCCGUGCGCAGGGGCAAAAACAGCCGGGUUGAAUCGCAACGUGUUUGUUGUGUGUCACCGCAGUCUGCCUGUGUUUUUAUAUGUAGCAGACUGAUUUAAUGGGGCUGCCGUCAGCCCGUCUCCCCGCCUCUGGACAGAUGAUCGCCGCUUGAAUUUAAUCCAUUAAAGACGACUUUGUGGAUAUGGAAUGGUGCAUGCCGCUGGGCCAAGUUUUCAGCCUCUGAAAAACACCGGAAUCAUGGACAGUCAUCCGCUGUGCACCAGACUCUGUCCACACACUCUGGAUAAGGAAGAUGGAGUGGAGAGGCAGGGUCCUGUCACUCUCAACCCUCGGCACAUGAGGAAAGCGUUCAAAGUCAUGAACGAGCUGCGCAGCCAGAGCUUGCUGUGUGACGUGACCAUAGUGGCAGAGGACGUAGAGAUCUCUGCUCACAGGGUGGUGCUGGCUGCGGGGAGCCCUUACUUCCACGCUAUGUUCACAGGUGAGAUGGCAGAGAGCAGAGCGAAGCGAGUGAGGAUAAAGGAGAUGGAUGGCUGGACUCUGGGCCUGUUGGUGGACUACAUCUACACAGCAGAGAUACAGGUCACAGAGGAAAAUGUGCAGGCAUUGCUUCCUGCAGCAGGCCUGCUCCAGCUCAAUGAGGUGAAAAAAGCUUGUUGUGAGUUCCUGAGCUCUCAGCUUCACCCGUCCAACUGUCUGGGAAUACGAGCGUUCGCUGACCUGCACGCCUGCUCUCAGCUCCUCACACAGGCCAACAGCUACGCAGAGCAACAUUUCACCGAGGUGGUUGGGAGUGAAGAAUUCCUUAAUCUGGGAAUGGAGCAGGUGUCCAGCCUGAUCGCCAGCGACAAGCUCACCAUCCCUACAGAGGAGAAGGUUUUUGAGGCGGUGAUAGCCUGGGUGAACCACGAUAAAGAUGUCCGACAGGAACACUUGGCUCACCUGAUGGAGCACGUCCGCCUGCCACUUCUCUCCAGAGAAUACCUGGUGCAGCGAGUGGAAGAAGAGUCUCUGAUUAAGAACAGCAGUGCUUGUAAAGACUACCUAAUAGAGGCCAUGAAGUAUCACCUCCUGCCAGCUGACCAGAGAGCCCUGAUGAAAACUGCACGCACACGCAUGAGGACCCCAGCCUGCUGUCCUAAGGUGAUGGUGGUGGUUGGAGGCCAGGCUCCAAAGGCGAUCCGCAGUGUGGAGUGUUUCGACUUCGAAGAGCAGAGAUGGUACCAGGUGGCUGAGCUCCCGACCAGGAGGUGCAGAGCAGGUGUCGUGUACGUAGGUGGCUGCGUUUACGCUGUUGGUGGUUUCAACGGUUCUCUGCGUGUACGGACAGUCGACUGUUACGACCCGAUGAUGGAUCGCUGGACGAGCGUGAGCAGCAUGCAAGACCGCAGGUCAACACUAGGGGCCGCCGUGCUCAACGGGCUCCUGUACGCUGUGGGAGGCUUUGACGGCAGCACAGGUCUGUCGACAGUGGAAGCAUACAACGCUAAAACAGACGAGUGGUUCCAUGUGUUACCCAUGAGUACCAGACGGAGCAGUGUAGGAGUGGGGGUUGUUAACGGGAUCCUGUAUGCAGUAGGAGGCUAUGAUGGUGCAACCAGGCAAUGUCUGAGCACAGUAGAAGCUUACAACCCGAAAAGUAACACUUGGAGCUACAUUGCAGAGAUGGGCACGAGACGCAGUGGAGCAGGUGUAGGUGUGCUAAAAGGUUUACUAUAUGCUGUGGGGGGUCACGAUGGGCCGCUGGUGAGAAAAAGUUGUGAAGUUUACGACCCGGCCUCUAACAGCUGGAGACAGGUAGCUGACAUGAACAUGUGUCGACGCAACGCAGGUGUGUGUGCUGUAAAUAACAUUCUCUAUGUGGUGGGAGGAGAUGAUGGCAGCUGUAAUUUAGCCUCUGUGGAGUUCUACAAUCCCAACUCGGAUAAGUGGACGCUACUGCCCACCUGUAUGAGCACGGGACGCAGUUAUGCAGGUGUGACUAUGAUCGACAAGCCCUUAUGACUGCUCUUAAAACCCGCCGCUGAUUCUGAGCAGAGUGAAUUCUCCUGCUGAAAACUUAUCUUGGAUCUGUCUAUGAUGCCAAUGCUUCGUCGGGCAGCAUUAGCGCAGGCACUGGCAAAGAUGAAGGAAAAAUGACAAGAUUGUUGUUGUUGAGGAUGAAGAUUUUUGCACUUAACCUGCACGGAAGGAGGGUGUGACGAACAGAGGGGGGUGGAACCUGUGUUUUCGUGCCCUCCUGGCAGGACUGCCGCAGCGACUGUACCACUGCAGUGUCACUGAAAACGCUACUGAUAUGAAGCUACUAUAACUGCAAAGUUACUUUAACUUUGGUAAUGUUAACAUGAACCAACAAGGAGAGGAGAGGAAGGCAGACAAAGACCACUGGUGACUAAAAAAAUCUUUGGUUCUCCUUUGUUUUUAUUCUCCUGACAAUUGUCUGAGAUUGAGUGUGUAUGCGUGUGUGCGUGUGCGUGUGCGUGUGCGUGUGCGUGUGUGUGCGUGUGCGUGUGCGCGCGCUUGCAUUAAAGGUGCUCCUUUGCUUGCACAUGUGAGCAUGUGUGUUUCUGUGCAUCCGAGUUUCUCUGAGGUGGUUGGACACCGCAUGAAUGCACUACGUCUGACCUCUGACCUUUUUACAGUGUUGCAGUGUGCCUGAAUGUCAAAUUACAACCCUGCCUUCCCCUUUCUUCUUCUUCUUCUCCUGUGUAAUGCCUCAAGAACUGUCACUGGAUAGAGAACAGAUGGACCUUUUCUUGGAUGAAUGAAUUAUGUUUGAGGACUGACGUUACGUCUGUGAUGGUGCGUCGGACACGUCGGCAUGAAUUCAGAAUUAUCUGAUAAGAAUUAGCAGAAAAUGUACAUUUCCUCUUUAAAAAAAAAAAAGCUACUUUAUCUGGAAUAAAACUUCUGGUAAAGGAGAAGAAUCGUCCAUGUUGCCAAAAACAGUGACAAGAGGGAGAAGCUGUUUGAGAUAAAAACAGUUGGAUGUAUCAGUGCUUUACUGUCACCUGGCAGCCAUCUUUCCUGUGGUUGUAACCACUGAUGACAGCCUGAACUCUGCAUGGUCCCUGUUUUCCUCCUCUCCUUUUGGUGUAGCAACCCUAUUAACUACUGCACACCCUGACUUAAUAUGAAUGUGCCAAUUUUAUUAUGUCUCUUUAUUUCUGUCUCUCUUCUUUACUACUUUACUAAUCUGUUCUCUCUCUUUCUGGAAAGUGACCAAACCUGCUCUUGUAUUUCUGUUUCUUCAGUCUCUUUCCUCUCCUCUUAUAUUGAAAAAAAACCCCUGCUAUAAUAGUAACUGGUAUCGCUGUUUCCUGUCAGUGUAUUGAGGAAUGUCAUGUAGGCUAAUGACUUUGCAAAUGUUUCAUUACCUGUUUUAUAUUAUCAUUAAUAAAUAUGCUUCUUGUAUUUAAA